UUCCCCCGGCGGCGCCGCGGGGCAUGCCGGGAAGCGCGGUCCUUCCGCCGCCGCGCGGGGGCUGCCGGGGAGCGGUGCGGUUCUAUGGCGGAGCCGGCGCCUCCCGGAGGGCCGCAGCCCCGCGCCCGGCGCCUGGCGGCGCUGCUGAACCGCAGCCUGCGGGUGCGCAUGUCGGACGGGCGCACGCUGGUGGGAGCCUUCCUCUGCACGGACCGCGACGCCAACAUCAUCCUCGGCUCCGCGCAGGAGUUCCUCAAGGCUGCGGAUGCGUUCCCGGGCAGCGAGCCGCGUGUGCUGGGCCUGGCCAUGGUGCCUGGGCACCACAUCGUGUCCAUCGAGGUGGAGCGCGACGCCGCCGCCGCCCUGUGCUCCUGACGGCCCCACCGUGGGACGGAGCCCUGAGUGUUGUGAACCUCUCAUGUGCCCCAACGGGUGAUGGACGCCUGCCAUGCAAAAUGACCGCCGGGACUGCGGUCCCUGCAGCCCCAGUAGAGCUCCCGUGGUGAUCACGUGUCAGCACGUGAUGCCGUCAUUCCAGUCCCCUGCAAAGCAGGACGCAGAUGCCCCUUCCUCCUCCAAACACUCCGUUUUCAGCCUGAAACAGAGCUGUGCAGGUUAAUUUAAUCUCGGGUGCAAAAUGUUUCAGUGGGCGAGAGGGAACACGCGGCAGUCCUGGUCCCUCCUAACUGCGAUAAAACACCGCGGCCGAGGGGGGUCAGGGAGGAACAGGAACAAGGGGGGGUGCGCAGAGGGUCUGGGGCGGCCACAGGGUUCAGCGCCAUGGCAGGGAGGGGUGGGAGGGGGCCGCUGAUGGCGCCAUCCCCCCGGGUUGCGGUGAUGCUGAGACGCAGCCUCCGACAACUGGUGCACCCAGGGACCUGCAGCGGAAGUCAGGAACCCCAGGGCCGCCCUCCCCCCACAACAAGGCAGCCCCCACAGCACUUCGUGUAAGGGUUAGAAAAAGAUGCAGAAAUGAUCAUUUACAAAAUAAAGAUCCCCAAAAUGCCCCUCCGGGAUAGUUUCUGGUUGAAAUCUGAGAAAGGUCUGUCAAAGCUCCCCCCGCCUCCAAGGUCCCUCUUAAUGCUUUGUGGGUGAGGACGGGGGCAGAACGCACCCCAGAGCCUCCCUGUGUCGUGGGGGCAUCAAGAGCUUCUGCGAUGAGUGGGAAGGGUUGAAGACCGAUUUCUGUUAACAGCAGAAAGUCUGCAUGCUUAUGAAGAGGUAAAGCAACUUAUUUAUCACUUUA